AUGGAAAAUCCAUACUCUGAAUCUAGACCAGCUAAACAAAUUCAUCUGGACUUUGACACCAAGGGGAAAUUCAAUGUGGCAGCUUCCUAUGCAAAACUCAUUGCUGAAAAAGCCCAUACUCUUGACAGAUCUGAAAACAACAGUGCAGUAAAGGAGAAUAAGGUGGCCAGAGUGAGGUGUUGGCAUUUGACAUUCAAAACAAAAAUAAGACAUUUUAUCUGGAGAUGUGUUUCUGGAGUUCUCUCUGUGAGCUGCAAUGUGGUCAAGAGAGGUGUGAGGAUAGAGAGCUGGGGACUUCAAGGCUUGGUGGUGGUGGAUCAGCACUCUUCCUCACACAGACAUAACAGAGAGCAAGAUCCAGCUAUCAACAUACAUCUUGUGGUCGUUGUGGAAAGCACGCUACCUGGGGGUCUUUCAGACGGAGUGGAUGCUAAAGCAGUUGGUUGUGAAAGGUACUAUCAGAGAUUGAGAGGAGUUCAAAUGGUGUCAUCAAUGAAGGAACAAGGGACUCUGGUCUCAGCUUGA